AGACGCGUCCUAUUUCGCGAUAAGUAGUGACACGAAGAGGAUUUACAAGUUACAUUAGAAAUGAAACAGUGAAGCUCUGGACGACAGGAACGUCGGUAACAAGAGGAUAAAGACGAGAAUAGUUUAUCAAUUAUUCGAAUAUUCUUAUCAUGAAGAAUUCUUAGUUUUUUUAUCUAAUCGUGAUAUAAUGGAAACUAGACUCGCAUGAUUAGAAAGAAAUUUAUCUUCAUCGGUAGAUAUAAUUUUGUUUUGGAGUAAUAAUUAGCUAGGGAAUAUCACGGCAUUAUUCGAAUUUUCGAGUUCAGGUGCAGUGUCAAUAUUUCUCAGGAAGACGUCGUUCGUACGUCAUCGAAUUGAAAAAGGAUCAAGGAUAGAUUUACUUUACACUCUACCCAAUCAUUUGCAAUAAUUUUUAUUAUUAUUUAAAAUCUAACAUCAAGGAAGAAAAGGCGUAAUAAAGGAAGAUGACGAUAAAAAAAAUUUGCGGGAUGGGCGCCGGAUAUGUCGGUGGUCCAACAUGUAGCGUGAUCGCAUUAAAAUGUCCCGAAAUACGAGUAACUGUCGUUGAUAAGAGCAAAGAACGAAUAGCACAAUGGAACUCUGAUAAAUUACCAAUUUAUGAGCCAGGAUUGGACGACGUAGUCCGUAAAUGUCGCGGUGAAAAUUUAUUUUUUUCCACCGAUAUCGAAACCGCCAUUAUGGAAGCAGAUUUAAUAUUUAUAUCUGUAAAUACACCGACAAAAAUGUUCGGUAAUGGAAAGGGAAGAGCGGCAGAUUUGAAAUAUGUCGAAAGUGCUGCUAGAAUGAUUGCAGAGAUUGCGACUAGUGAUAAAAUUGUUGUCGAAAAGAGCACGGUUCCUGUAAGAGCUGCUGAGAGUAUCAUGAACAUCCUUCGUGCUAAUCAUAAACCAGGUGUUUCGUAUCAGAUUUUGUCGAAUCCAGAAUUUUUAGCAGAAGGAACUGCUAUCGAAGAUUUGGUAAAUGCUGAUCGUGUAUUGAUCGGUGGUGAGGAUUCACCAGAAGGACAGGCAGCUAUCGAGGAAUUGUGUAAAGUUUAUGAGCAUUGGAUACCAAGAGAAAAUAUUUUAACUACCAAUACUUGGAGCUCAGAAUUAUCAAAGCUGGCAGCCAAUGCUUUUCUGGCACAGCGCAUAUCAAGUAUAAAUUCUCUGUCGGCGGUCUGCGAGGCCACGGGUGCCGACGUGUCGGAGGUGGCACGGGCCGUUGGUCUUGAUUCUAGGAUAGGCUCCAAAUUUCUUCAUGCGUCAGUGGGCUUUGGUGGAUCGUGUUUUCAAAAGGACAUUCUAAAUUUGGUGUACAUUUGUGAAUGUCUUAAUUUACCAGAAGUUGCUGCUUAUUGGCAACAAGUAAUAGACAUGAACGAGUAUCAAAAAUCACGAUUUUCUGCAAAAGUGAUCGAGUCGUUAUUUAAUACUGUCACGGAUAAAAGGAUCGCCAUGUUAGGUUUUGCCUUCAAAAAAAAUACCGGCGAUACUCGUGAGUCACCCGCCAUUCACGUUGCCAAGACUCUACUUGACGAAGGUGCUGUCUUACACAUCUACGAUCCCAAGGUGGAAGAAAUACAGAUUAUAGAAGAUUUGACUCAUCCGAGCGUAACAACUAAUCCAAAACGAGUUAAAGAUCGUAUCAGUAUUUACAAGGACGCUUAUACCGCUACCAAAGAUACUCAUGCUAUCGUUUUGUGCACGGAAUGGGACGAGUUUAUGGAACUCGAUUAUAAAAAAAUUUAUACCAAUAUGAUGAAGCCAGCUUAUAUUUUUGAUGGAAGGAAGAUCCUUGAUCACGACUCAUUGCAAAGAAUAGGAUUUAUCGUGCAAACCAUCGGAAAGAAACUCACGAGAACCGCUAUUUCGAGAGUAUGGGGAAGUCAAACACAAAUGUAAAAAAAAAAUUCGUACAUGUGCUAGCUUGAAGCAGUAUGUUCGAUUUGAAAUAAUCUAAAAUUAAAAAUGAAGCGAAAAGAAGUCCGAAAGAACCAUAGCGAUUUAAUAAUUACAUAUUGGCUGUGGCCUAUA